AUGGUGUUGCAGCGCUUGAUGGAAAAGCGUCUUUACGUCAAGGCUGAGAAGUGUGAGUUCCAUGCAGAGUCGGUACAGUUUUUGGGGUUCAUUGUGGAGAAGGGCCAGCUUCGGGCCGAUCCAGCCAAGAUCCAGGCUAUGGUUGAUUGGUCCCCGGUCAACCAGAGGCUGCACCCCUGCGCCUUCUUCUCUAGACGCCUGAGCCCUGCAGAGGCCAAUUACGAUGUGGGAAAUAGAGAGCUGCUGGCUAUUGUCCUGGCGCUGCAGGAGUGGAGGCAUUGGCUGGAGGGUACGAAGGAGCCUUUUCAAGUUUUCACCGACCACAAGAACCUGUCUUACCUCCGGACUGCUAAAAGACUCAACCCCCGUCAAGCACGUUGGGCCCUGUUCCUUACCCGUUUCGACUUCAACAUCACUUACCGCCCUGGGUUGAAGAACGGCAAACCUGACGCCUUGUCUAGGCUGCAUGGCCCGGCUGCUGUUCAGCCUGUUGUGGAGACCAUUCUACCUGGGACCCGGGUGGUGGGAGUGCUUCAGUGUGAGGUUGAGAAGAAGGUGGAGGAGGCGGGGAGGGACGUCCAGGCCCCGGGAGCUGGUCUUCUUCGUCCACUGCCCAUUCCUUCCAGCCCCUGGUCCCACGUCCCCUUGGACUUCAUCACGGGCCUUCCGCUGUCUGGAGGGAACUCAGUCAUCCUGAGUGUUGUCGACAGAUUUUCCAAGAUGGCCCAUUUCGUUGCUCUGCCGAAGCUGCCGUCCUCCUUUGAGACUGCUCUUCUCCCUGUCGACCAUGUCUUCCGAGUUCAUGGUAUUCCUGCUGAUCUGGUGUCUGACAGGGGGCCGCAGUUCGUCUCUUGGGUCUGGAGGUUGUUCUGCAAAGCGCUGGGGGCGUCCUCCAGUUGUACAUCCGGUUUCCACCCGCAGACCAACGGCCAGGCUGAGAGGGAGAGGGAGGUGGUCGUCCCGUCUGGACAGGUCCAUCUCCGAAGGGCUCAUCGGGUGUGGCGGGAUGCAAGGGCGGCCUUGUCCCGUACUGAGGCUCGCAACAGGCAGUUAGCUGAUCGUCAUCGGAUCUCAGCUCCUCCCUACCGUCCUGUUAAACUUCGGCUCCCUCCCACCAUGAAAGUUCACCCGGUAUUCCAUAUCUCCUUGCUCAAACCGGUUUCCUCCAGCCCCCUGUGUCCUCCAGCGGGGCCUCCUCCUCCGCGGAUGGUUGAUGGUGAGCCAGUGUACACGGUUUUUUCCAAGUCCAAGGCCAAAUCCCUUCCACCCCACAGACCUUAUGACUGUGCUAUUGACUUGCUGCCUGGAACCACACCCCCACGAGGCAGGUUGUUCUCUCUUUCAGGGCCGGAACACAAGGCCAUGAAGGAGUACGUGGAGGAAUCACUGGCAGCCGGCCUCAUUCGCCCAUCUUCAUCCCCUGCGGGAGCAGGAUUUUUCUUUGUGGACAAGAAAGACAAGACCCUGCGACCCUGUAUCGAUUACCGGGGUCUCAACGAUAUCACUGUAAAAAACAGGUACCCUCUUCCUCUCAUCUCCACCGCCUUUGAGUUCCUGGAGGGAGCCAAGGUUUUCACCAAACUGGACUUAAGAAAUGCAUAUCAUCUAGUCAGAAUAAGGGAGGGGGAUGAAUGGAAAACAGCAUUUAACACACCAACAGGACAUUAUGAAUAUUUGGUAAUGCCUUUUGGGCUUACUAACGCUCCAGCUGUUUUCCAGAACCUCGUCAAUGAUGUCCUGCGUGACAUGCUGAAUGUUUAUGUUUUUGUUUAUUUGGAUGACAUUUUGAUUUUCUCCCCAGAUGAGGAGACUCACAUUAUUCAUGUCCGCUCUGUUUUGCAGCAGUUACUGCAGAACCAACUAUAUGUUAAGGCUGAGAAAUGUGAGUUCCACAGGGCGUCAGUUUCUUUUCUGGGUUUUGUCCUGGCUCAAGGUGAAGUCAAAAUGGACCCUUGCAAAGUCGAUGCAGUAAUUAAUUGGCCUACUCCCACGUCACGCAAAGAUGUACAAAGGUUCUUAGGGUUUGCAAACUUCUACAGAAAAUUCAUCAGGAAUUUCAGUUCUAUAGCCUCUCCUUUGCAUGAUCUUACCUCGCCACACAAACAUUUUGCAUGGAACCCGCUUUGUCAGGCAGCGUUUCAAAAACUUAAGUCGAGCUUUACCUCCGCUCCCAUCCUUACUUUGCCAGAUCUCCAACAGCAGUUUGUGGUAGAAGUCGAUGCGUCUGAUGCCGGAAUAGGAGCAGUGCUCUCCCAGAAAUCUCUCAAGGAUGAUAAAUUACAUCCUUGUGCUUUUCUCUCCAAAAAACUGACCCCAGCUGAGAAAAAUUAUGACAUUGGUGACCGUGAACUGCUGGCAGUCAAGGUGGCCUUGAUGGAGUGGAGGCACUGGCUAGAGGGGGCACAGACUCCGUUUUUAGUAUGGACAGAUCACAAGAACCUUGAGUAUAUUAAGACUGCUAAAAGAUUAAAUGCGAGGCAGGCUAGAUGGGCUCUGUUCUUUACUAGAUUUAAUUUCACGCUAUCCUACCGACCCGGUUCUAAAAAUGGUAAGCCAGAUGCUUUG